UGAAUCAGUCUGCGCUAAGCUACAGACGGGAGAGGACGCGCGCUUUUUUUUUAACAAAAUAAAAUAUGUUUACGAUUGAUCAGUGUUUACCAACAGUGAUUUUGUGACUGAGUUGAUUGAAUAUGACAUGAUAUACUAGUGCUUUUAUUAUUUGUGAAUUUAUAUACUAUGGCUCGGAUUUUUUGUUUUCUUCUACUUGUGUGGCUGGUGUCUGCUGACCAGGAAGAGGUGGAAGGUGGCAAGUGCGAGAGGAUCAAGCUGCCACUAUGUCAGGAUUUGGGAUACAAUUGGACUGCCAUGCCCAACCUGAUGGGGCACAAGGACCAGAAGGAGGCUGAGGAAGCGAUGGUUGCAUUCACGGGUAUUCUAUCGAGCGGGUGCUCUGUCCACGCGCGGUUCCUGCUGUGCUCGGCGUUCGCUCCGCUGUGCUCCGAGGAGGUGUCGGGCUCGGUGAGCGCCUGCAGAGCGCUCUGCGAGACCGUCGUCGACGACUGCAAAGACCAACUCAAGCAGAUGCUGCCGACCAUAGUGCUCGACUGCUCCGCCUUCCCGCUACGAGCUGACCGGCGCCUGUGCAUGCGACCACCCAAUGCCAGCGAGUCCGAACCUGAGCCACCCCCGGCGUCCCGCUGGCCCUUCCACGACCACGAUAUCAGAGAGCACGGCUGUCCACCGGCACACACCAGAGCUCCGACCGGCGAGUGCUGGCCCGCGUGUGGCCAACAUGCCAGAUACAGCCAGUCCGACAAGAGAAAAGCUGAAAUAUGGAUGAACACGCUAGCCUGGUUCUCCUUGCUGUCCACGUCAUUUGCGCUGCUCACAUUCUGCGCGGAACCGUCGCGCUACAGAUACCCUGAGCGGCCCGUCGUGUGGAUGGCAGCCUGCCACGCUAUCGUCGCCUUAGCGCAUGUCACUCGAGGCUGGUUGGGCGCCAAGAUAGUAUCCUGCUCCGGAACUACACUAGCCGUGGAUGGCCUGGCUUCACCAACAUGCGUCGCCUUCUUCUCUCUGACGUACUACUUCACGUUGGCUGCGGACGCGUGGUUCGCUAACGCUUGUGUUGCGUGGUACCUGACUGCGGCCAGUGAGUGGUCUACUGAAGCUUUGGAGCGUGCUGCGGCGUACCUACACGCCGUGUCGUGGGGCUGGGCGGGAGCAUGGACAGCAGCCGCCUUGGCACUGAGGAGAGUAACAGCCGACGAGUUGACGGGAACGUGUGGAAUAUCUGAUGCUGCUGCCGCGGCUCUAGUGGGGGUGCCUAGAGGUGCUCUGCUCGUAACAUCCGUGGCGCUGGCUAUCGGGGCCUGCCCUGGCAUCAUGCGGGUGCGACGCGCGUUAGACUCGCGUGGAGCGAAGAGAGUGGGCAGACUGGCGGCGCGCGCAGCGGCUGCUGGUCUACUUUACUUUGUGUUAGCCGCGUUGGGGACUGGCGCGCGAGUUUUAGAAGCUCGGAUGCGCGAGAGCCGGAGCGGGCUCGCCUUGCUGGUGGCGCUGGACGCGGGGCGGGUGGAGGCGGGCGCGGGCGCGAGCGGGGUGUCGGCGUGCGUGGCGCUGGCGGGCGGCGCGGCGGCGGGCGCGUGGGCGUGGUCGCGCAAGUCGGGCGCGGUGUGGCGGCGCGCUGUGUGGCGCCCGCGCAAGGCCGCGUGCUGCGCGCCGCCGCUGCUGAGGACUCACCACCCCUACUACAAGCGCCCGCUGCACGUGUCGCGCGUCUGACGCAACCCUCACGAUAAUAGACUGUAUUCAAUGCGUAUAGUGUGUAAAGUGCCUGAUUAUGCCUUCUGUGAAGGCGCUCUCGAUAAGUUUUGUAAAAAUGUGUAAAUAAUAUAAAUUUUAUUAAUUAUAAUAUACUGUUGUUUUUUAUAUCAAAA